AUGAAUCAGUCGCGAGAUGCUGGGGAGAUGGAGUCAAAGCGGGAGAAAGGGUCAAAGGUGAAGAAGAAGGAGAAGAAGGAGAAGAAAGAGAAGAAAGAGAAGAAGCUGAAGAGCGGUGCGCUGAAUGGUGGAUCAGACGAAGCAGUGGAGAGCGUUGCGGCUGCAGAAGCGGGGAGACAGUCGCAGCCACCAGAGGAGAAGGGGAAUAAGGGAGAGAUGGAGGAGGGUAUUCGGAAGAAGGGUGAUCGGAAGAAAGGGUCAAAGCGGGUGAAGGGAGCGAAGCUUGAGAAGGAGUCAAAUCGCAAGGGAUGCGCUGAGGCUGCUGCCGCAGAGGAGCAGUCAAAGCAGAAAAAGGUGUCAAAGCGGGAGAGGGAGUCAAAUCGGGGAAAGGAAUCGGAACGGAAGAAGGCAUUGAGUAGCGGCGGUAAUGCAGAUGAGUCAGCGACAGAUGGUCAGGAUACAGCAGCAGGUGCCAAGGAGGCAGCAGCGGAGGCAGAGUGUCGAGCUGAAGGGUCUAAGCGGGCGAAGAAGGGGUCAAAGCGGAAGAGAUCUGCGAGUGGCGACGUGGACGCUAGCAGCGGCGGAGAUGAGGCUGUGGCAGGGAUGGAGGCUGCAGCAGAGGUGGAGCAGUCAAUCGGAAAGGAGAAAAGGAAGAAGGCGAAGCGGGAAGGAGCCGUGCGUGAUGGGUCUACCAAUGAGGCAGCUGAUGGUGUUACGGUUGCAGCAGAAGCGGAGCAAUCACCUGAGAAAAAGAAAAAGAAGAAGAAGAAGCAGAAACUGGCUGUGCGUGAGGGGGCGAAUGAGGCAGCUAAUGAGGCAGCUGCAGGUGAUAAUACUGGAACAGAAGCGGAGGAAUCACGUGUGGAGAGGAAGAAAAAGAAGUCGAAGCUGAAAGGAGCUGUGGAUAACGGGGUUGUUAGUGAGGCAGUGACAGGUGCUGGUGUUUCAGCAGAGGAGUUGCAAGCACAUGGGACGAAGGAAGAGACGAAGGAAACGAAGACGAAAGAAAAGAAAAAGUCAAAACGGAAACGGACUGAUGAGGGUGUUGCCAGUGAGGCUGCUGCAGGUGAUGAUGCAGCAGCAGAAGCAGAGCAAUCACGUGUGGGGAAGAAGAAGAAAAAGAAGAAGUCGAAGCGGGAACGAGCUGCUAGAGAUGGGGUGAAGGAGGAAGAGACAGGUGCUGAGUUUGCAGAGGAACUUCUUCAGGAGCAUGAUGCAUCGUUACCAGGUGGUUCAGAGGUGGCAGCAGCAGAGGAAGGGUCUCAGGUGAAGGGGAGGAAAAGGGAAUCAAAGCAAGAAAAGGGGUCAAAGCGGGAGAAGGCGAAACAGAAGAGAGGGGAUAACGGUAUCGAGGAAACCAGCAGCAUCGGGAAUGGUGCAGCGGCAACAGAAGGGGUUGGGGUUGCAGCAGCAGGGGAGCAGCCGAGAGCGAGCGGGUCAAAGCGGGAGAAGAAGGCAAAACGGAAGAGAGCUUUGGGUAGUGGCAGCAAGGAGAACGGUAGCAGGACUGAUGGAGUGGCAGCGGUAGGGGUGGGGGUUGCUGUAGCAGAGGAAGAGCAACCGCGGGUGAAGGGAUUGAAACGUAGACGGGUUUCAGUCCCUAGCGCUCUUGGGGAAGCUGCUGCGGCGAAAUCCCGCGAUGUUUGCGACUGA